AUGGGCCAACUCAAAGAAGGACCGAUGGCCUGCGGCAAAGCCAACACCAUCAACUUCACCAACGAGCUCAUCCAACGCAAGAACGACUGCGCCAACCGCCUGACAGAGCACAAUCUCCAAACCCCCGACGUGAUCUGGAAGCCCCAGGACGGAGAGGGCCACGCUCCCUUCUCCGAGGGCGACAAGGCCAAAUUCAAACUCGUCACCACAAUCACCUACGAGAACGGCAACCCCAACAACAAGAUCAUCUGGCCUCCAAAAUUCACGCGUCUAAGCGAUGAACUCGUUUACCUGGCCACCAAGUUCCUGAAGGCGAGUGAACGGGCGGCGAAAUAUCCCUACGAUUUCAAUGACCGCGGUGAUAUCCGUGAGCAGCGGGUUUCGUCAGGUGUGUCGCCAAUUGUCUGGGCUCAUGGUCUGCCCUUCUUGCCGGUUUUCAAGGGAUACUACAUCCUCUGUGGGCGUGAACAUGCCCGAUGGGUCGGAUGGCUUCUUAACAAGAAGGAGCAUCGCAUCACAGUGGCAUAUCCAAUGUGGACGAUUGGCCCUGUCGUGGCGCCUGGUUCGGCUGUGAAUCUGUCUCGCACUGUCACCCGCCAGAUGCACCUGCAUGUGCCCAAGAGUGCGAAGGAUGUGGAGAAAAGGUGGGAGAAGGUCUAUACCGCGCGUGACGUGGUCUCGACCGCUCACUAUCUGCCGUCCGUCGUGCCCAAGACUCCGUCCAAGGGAUUCAUUCUUGCUCCCAUCUAUCAGGUUGAGGGGUACCAUGUGCGUUGUGGACCGAAUACAAUUACCGGUGGCAAGGGUCUUGAAAUUGGACGACGCACUUUGUCGAAUCACAGCGUGUCCGAUUUCGACUAUGAUGCGUCGUUGAAGAGACCCUAUGCCAAUGAAGAGAAUCCCGCGGCUAUCCACUCUGAUGAAAGUGAUGAGCCUAGCGAGGAGGAGGACUCGGAGUCUACCGACCCGAUGAGUGGCAUUGAGCAAGAUGAAGAUGACCGUGGAGAUGAAUUCCUGCCUUCGGAGGAGAGUGUCGAAGUUGACGAUAUCGUCGAGGACGAGGAGCCUCCAAAGAAGAAGCUCAAGAAGGACGCCGCUACCUCUGACAAGACUGAGACACAGCCUCGAGACUCUGGCGACACUUUCAAGUCUUUCAAGAAUUUCAGUAAAGCUGGGGCUGUAAACCGUCUCUCUGCACUCACGACUUGGGCUAGCGAUGAGGAGGCUCCUGGACCCUCUGCUUCCCGGCUAGCUAUCAAGCGUCGCAGCGAGGUCGCAACCAUCAUCAACGUCAAGCACGCUGCAGAGCGAGAGAACACCCAUACCGGUGCCUCUGCUGAGACUCUCUACGAGGACACAGCCAUCCAAACCACAGCCGCAGUCUCAAGCAGCGAGGUCAUUACCAGCACUGGCGAUAUCAAGCCCGCUCUUCCCAGCCAGCCUAACAACCACGGCACCGAGGACACCAUCACCCACGCACCAGGCACAGUCCCUCCCACCAACACUCCAUCUUCAUCGACCACCAAGCCCGUCGACGAAAACACAACCCACUGCACCGAACCCAUCCACAUCAACAGCGAGCUCAAGUCCGUGACCGUCACCGAAGACGAAGAUGAAUACGAGACCGUUGAUCCCAGGGAAGUCCCCCACCAAAUCGAGACAGACAUACUCCAGGGCUGA